UGCUCUGCAGCCUCCCUGGGUUUGCAAGGAGCCGGGCUGCAGGCGAUAAGCAGGCAGAGCAGCCUGUCCCGGGCUGAUAAAUCCUCUCCUGCCUGAAUUCGGUGCAAAUCAACCUUACAUGGAAACGUUCUGCACGUCUGGCUGGAAAUUCUGGCCAGGUGGGUGGGUGAUGUGAGUGUGUGUGAGUGUGUGUGUGUGUGUGUGUGUGUGUAUCCCUGCCUGCAAAGCACUGCUGCCCCGAUGUGCUGUGAGCACCCACAUGCCGAGCAUAAAGCUGCCUUUGUUCAGAGCUGUGCAAAAACACGACGUCUGCGGUUGUUGGCACGGAUCAUUCCUGGUCCAAGCUUUAUAAAUAAGAGGUUUGUGGCUGCAGCUUCCUAGCGAGGAUGAGGAGUCUGGGUCCUGAGUGCUGGCGUGGAUAAGAGUUCUUAUUUCCAGUACUAAAUUAAGCAAGUGCUGCUCAGAAUGGGAACCGAAGUGCCUGCUGUUAAGUGGAAGAAUGUGUAGAAAAGGAGCAAACAGCCUAAAGCUGGGGGAAUGUCUGCAUGCUGUGCGUGUGCAAGGCAUCCCAUCAACAGCAGCAGGUCGGGAUGUCGGUCCUUCCAGUCCUGCUGAACGUUCAGGGCUGGAAAGCAAUGUUUGCUCUGAGCUAACUGGGAAAAUCAGCUGCCUGCAAAGUGCUGCAUGACCUGAGCUGGGUGAAGUCAUUGGGGUUGGUUAAGCAAAGGGCCCUGGGGUUGCUAAUGCCCCAGGAAACAGCCACUGGUUCAUCUUUCUGCUUUAAAUCGCACUUGAGUUGAAUGCACUCAGUGUGGAUGAGCCCUGCUGUCUGCAGGAUGGAUUUCCAAUUCAUUGCCACACCGAGGGGAUGCUCCCAGCUGCCCCACGCUGUCACCUGCAGCCCCGCCGGCCCCAUUGCAGCUGCUGAGCAUCACUGCUUUCCCCUCCAUCCCAAGCUGCCAACCAUGCCCUGUUCUCACCCAAUGCGUGGAGCCGCACCAUUUAUCGCUACCCAGAGCCUUCUGCCUCCGCUCUCACCUGCAAUUUCUCUGCCUCGGGCGAUGCUUAAAAAGGCGCUGAAGGGUUAUUUAACUCAGCCUGGUGAGUCACCUCUAGGGAGGGAGCCCGGAAUUCUUGCAAGCUCCCAGCGCUCUGCAUGAGUUGCACUAGCCCAGAGUUCAAGGUUAGAGAAAGAUUAACAAGGGACUGCAUUUCUCUGCUCUGCUUUUGGGGUAGUUUUAAUUCCACCCCAUCCACAAAACCCCGCUGCAGAGACCCGUUGUGUAACAGUAGAAAAUCCGGAGGUUUUCCUGCUGUUUUUCUUUUUGUGUGUUUUUUUCUUUUCCCCCUUCAUUGAAUUUUUCUCCCCAAAACAAUCUGGAAUUCCCCAUUUUCCGGCUCAGUGGCGAUGAUGGGUUCAUUCUGCACUGCUCUGCUCUCCCUACAACCCCAUCCUCCAUAUCAAAGAACCUCAGUGAGAAGAUGCUGAGCAAAGCCCUCAUCUCUCCCGAGAGCUUCAAGAACAGAAGUUUGGGCAAAAAAAUCCUUUACAUAUGUAUUAAAAAAGAAAAAGUCUAACAAAUCAAUAAUAAAAGCGUGUGAAACGUGAGCCAGGUUCAGCUUUCCCUCUCUUAGUGAUUCUGCAGUGAAACUUGCUGCGGUUUCUCGAUACGUGAGUUUGUGGCGGUGCCUGGAGGUCGCGGCCAGCCCUCUUCCUCCUCCUCCUCCUCCUCCUCCUCCCCCUCCUCCUCCUCCUCCUCCUCGCGGAUCUCCUCCCUACGUCACCAACGAUCCCGGCAGUUGCUCACAUUGCUUCACAUCGCUCCGCUCGGCAAAGCUGUCAGCUCGCGGAAUUCACUUCGCGUUCGGACCAGGUCCCGUUUCGGACCAAACCCCGUCUUCACUCGAUCCGAAUCCGGAUCCCAGCCCGGGCGCUGCGCGCCCCUCACCGCGCACGAUGCGCUCAGCUACGCUCCUCUUCUGCCCCGUCCUGCUGCUGCUGUUGGCGAAGGUUCAUUUGGGAUCUGCUGCGGCAGUGAAGAAGCGGGCAGGCGAGUCAGAUGUCCUGGAACCAGACCUCUACAGCAAGAAGUGUCCUAUGGGCCCCUCUUUGGCAAAUGACUCCUCCAAGUGUUUCCCAUGUAAGAAAGAUGAGUACACCGAGUAUCCAAACAACUUCCCCAUGUGCCUGGGCUGCCGGACGUGUAGGGAAGACCAGGUGGAGGUGAGUCCCUGCAUCCCCACCAGGAACACGCAGUGCGCCUGCAAGAACGGCACCUUCUGCUUACCUGACCACCCCUGUGAGAUGUGCCAAAAGUGCCAAACCCGGUGCCCCAAAGGACAAGUGAGGAUAGCUCCAUGCACGCAGCACAGCGACCUGCAGUGCGGUCCUCCCUUGGACAUCUCCUCCAGCUUCUCCAGCAUCAUUACCAUCACCGUGCUGGUUGUGGUCCUGGUGUUCCUGCCGGUGUUCUCAUGGUGCUGCUACAGACACUGCGGUGCAGGGGGUGGCAGAGGUCUGAGCAGGAAGCCCAGCGCCGUGGUGCAGAACAGACUGUUGCAGAGGAUGGGGAUUCAGGACAACAAAUGCAACGAGCAGAUCUACCUGAACCAGCAGCAGGAGCCGCUCACCACAGUGCAGAGCUCAGAGGUUCCCUGUGGUGUUGAGAUGGAGGAGGUGGCACCAAGAACUUCAAAUCCCAACGUGGAAACCCAGAGGAAGCUGGUUCCAGUGCCAGGAAAGGACCCCCUAACUGUUUUGUUUUCCUCUUUCAACACCUUUGUCGAGUUUGUGCCCUUCCCUGAAUGGAGGAGAUUCGGCCGAGCCCUCGGUCUGCGGGAAAACAACCUUUAUCAGGCAGAGCAGAACGACAGAGGCUCAGGGGAGCCCUUAUAUCAGAUGCUCAACAUGUGGCUCAACAAAGAAGGCAGCAAAGCCUCCGUGAAUACACUGCUGGAGACCCUGUCCCAGAUCAGCCUCAGCGGCGUGGCAGACCUAAUUGCCUCCGAACUCGUUAGGAAUGGAUAUUUCCAGUACGAAGUGAGCUGAGGAGCGCAGCCAGCCCUGCGCCUCCCCAGCUGGAGCUGAAGAUGCAGAUUCCUCUGAGAACCCUUCUCUCGAUCUUUGUGAUAGUAUUCUCAUGGCUCCUUCCUCCCGGAGCCGUCGCACUGUUCAGCUGAGCCUGGAGGAGUCGAUCCCAGCUGGGUUCUUCUCCGCCACACUCAGCGUUGGUGCUGCCUUAUGGAAGCCACGCGAGUGCCUUGAUUUCAUUUGGCCGACGCAACGAGCCAAAAGGUCUUCCAAGCUGCCUUUGAGAUCAUCUCAUUCACCAGCACUGAUUUGAUACAGACCUCGGUGCAGAACUGCAUCUUUGCUUGGUGCGGGCACUCACUGAUUC